UAUCAAGCCCCUCAUCCCCGUCCAUUAUUCUCACAUACUUAAUCCAUCUCAUCAACCCCAGCAUUCUAUAAGAUUCCUUAGCCACAUUCUCACAAAACAGAACAUCAUGGAUUUCGUCAACAAGCUUACCGGCGGCAACAAGCAGGAGGACGUGACGGAGCAGACGGGCCAGUCACAGCAGGAGGGCUCGGCCGGGUCCGGAGGCUUCAUCGACAAGCUCAAUACCGCUGCCGGCGGAGGCAAGGAGAGCGAGAAGAACGAGGACGCGGUCGACAAGGGCGUCGACUACGUGCAGCAGAAUGUCUUUGGCCAGGGGGACCAGACCAACGAGAGCGCGCUCGAGCAAGCCAAGGACGAGCAGAUCUCCGACUUCAUCCGCGACAAGUACAAGGACGCCACGGGCAAGGACGUGCCCAUCAAGGACAAGUCGUAGUCUAUAACUACCGCCUUUGGACUACUACCCGAGAUUUACUGUGCCGAACCAUUCUUUACGUGCACUUGCGUCUGGGUAUGGCGAACGAGGAUAUGCAAUUCGUUGACUGCUGCCUCUCUAGACUAGUAUAAUUAGGUACUUGAGCAGCAAAACAAAACAAUACAGGAU